AUGGAGCCAGAUUUGUUCACAAAUGUACCGUUAGAAAUCAUGAGCAAUAUCCUCUCAAGGCUCCCUCUUCGAUCCAUUGUAAUAAGCAAGUGCGUUUGUAAACCAUGGCUCCAUCUCCUCGAGACUGAUGAUUUCGUCAAGUCCCAUCUCUCUAAACCCGCUCUAGCCGUCUUGGCACAGGACUCAACUCUGUUCGCAGUUUUCAAUCUCGAAGACGAAGACGGAGUCGAUCUCGAGAGCCACGAUCUUCACUACAAUCCAGUCACAGAUUUCGAUAUCCCUUACAGUCGUGGAGCAACAACAGUGGAAGCUACCUCUGCUAAUGGGUUGCUCCUUAUAUUCUCCAAGCCCGAAACUCUCUACAUAUGCAAUCCGCUCUACGCUGCCCUCAAGAAUCCAGCCAUACACAUCGGUGGAUUUGUGGAUUUGGAGUGAGCAAAGUAAGUGGACAAUAUAAGGUGGUGUUCCGAUUGUCAUGUAUACACCCUCGAAACAGGACACACAUGGAGGCGCGUUGCCAAGUUGGGUUAUUACACAUUUUUUGACGAUGGAUACGGUAUGUGCAACUUUGGUAAACUUGUGGAGGGCAAUCUCCAUUGGACAAUAUGGGAUCCGCAUUCGGUUAACUCGCGGCGAAUUUGUUGUUUUGAUGUUGAAACAGAGUGUUUUAGCAGCUUCUCUGCGCCUCUUGGAGGUGGAGAUGUCGACUUGUCUGUUUUGAGGGACUGCUUGUGUGCUUGUCGCAUCGCAUGGGAUUGGGAUGAAGAUGGUGAAGUAAUUGAGAUAUGGUUGAUGAAGGAAUAUGGAGUGGAGGAAUCUUGGAGAAAGGAGUAUGUGAUGAUCCAGAAUCCUGAUUUUGGCAGGGAUGAUCAGUUGCCGCCUUUUUACUACCCUAUCAAGGUUUUCAAAGAUGGCGACAUCUUGAUGUUGUGGGAAGAGAAGCUGCUCAUCUAUUACUCCAACAACACCAAAACUACUCAACAAAUCUGUGUGUUGGCAUUUGCAGGGGAUAACCAUAACUAUAUCUAUGCCAUGAUUUUCACUCCAAGUCUUUUCUCACUCAAAAAUUUGGGAAUGGAGAAUGUAAUCUCGUUCAACUGAUUUUAUAAGUUGAUAUGCAUUUGUGUUUUGAUCAAUGUAAGUUGGGAAAUGCUUCUAACAAAAUGAA